GGUAAAAUAAGUUUUUUUUUAAGCAAAAUGUUUAUUGUGUAAACGUGCUCUAAUGAAUUAUGCAAGUCGGCAUUCAACAUAAAGUUAAUCUGUCGGCAGCCGAGUAUUAACUUUUUAGUUGUCUUUGUUAUUGUCAAAGUGAGGCUGUGAUUUUUGCGCAUUAAGUUUUUUGUUUGUAACAACAAUAGGUUUUUCGUGGAUAUAAGAAAAUAAAAAAUUACUAUUGUGCUAAAUAAAUAAAGUGUUUAUAUUUAGAAAGAAUUGACACUCGCAAUCCUAUAAUUGUAGGUUUUACCAGCUGUUAUUCUUCGCGGAACUAUUAUAAUUUUAUAUAUUGUUUUUGAUAUUAGUGGAACUUUCAUUGCGAAAAUGGAGGAAGCCAUAGACAAUACGAGGGAACAAAUGAUAAUUAAAUGAAAAAAAAAAAACAAAUUAUCAGUGAAACUGUGAUUGAUAUACGAUCUCUUUGAUAACUUCUGUGCGAUUAAUUGUGUAUAAUAAGACGAUAUUAUAAUAAAAAUUAUAAAAUGCCCGCGAUUCUGACUAAGAUAAAGGAGCAGGCGUUUAGGGUUCAGCCGACGAUAGCGUUGGGGGUAGGAGUUGGUGUGGCCUUAGCAGCCUGUGCAGCUUAUGGUGCCAGGGAGAGGAAACCGAACAUCACAUGCCAUAAUAAUAAUAACUAUAAGGUAGCUAAAAAUGGUCAACUGGAAGCCGUGUCGAAUGGUGAAGCUACCACUUGUGGUGGUAGGUGUGGGGCUGCUCAGUGCGCUCUGUGCCGCGGCGAGGUAGACACAGACAACAAACAGAAUAUUGAAGAUGCAGACGAAACUCAAUCAGUGGAAGAGCACGUGCCAGGGCUGAACCUUGAGUUCCUCAAACAGAUCGUCAGCCUGGCGAAGAUCAUGGUUCCAGGGUUCAGAAGUCAUGAGGUUGCGUUGCUAUCAGCUCACACCGUCUGCUUGUUCUCUAGAACUUUCCUCUCCAUAUACGUGGCAUCCUUGGAAGGCUCUAUAGUGAGACACAUAGUCCAAAAAGACCUUAGGUCUUUCGCGGCGCUGUUGAUGCAGUGGUUCGGUAUCGCGAUACCAGCUACCUUCAUCAAUUCCAUGAUCAGGUACCUGGAGAGCAGAUUGGCGCUCGCCUUCCGCACCCGCCUGGUGAACCACGCUUACGAACUGUACUUCAAGAACCAAACCUACUAUAGGGUAGCCAAUCUAGACGCUAGGAUAGAAAACGCGGAUCACAGAUUGACAGAAGAUGUGUCAGUGUUCAGCCAAUCAGUGGCUCAUUUGUACAGUUCACUGACGAAGCCUUGCUUCGACCUUUUGCUGAUAGUGUUGACACUUGCUACAUACUCCAAUAAAAUGAAAGGAAACAUAUUCCUUGGGCCGGGUAUAGCAACGGUCGUGAUCUGUCUCACGGGUCAGCUGCUGAGGAUCCUGAGUCCAAGGUUCGGUGCCCUGGCUGGGGAGGAGGCGAGGAUGAAGGCUAACCUCAGACACGUACACUCUAGACUGAUAGCUCAUGCUGAAGAAGUAGCCUUCUAUGGUGGACAUAAGGUAGAGUUAAGCCAGUUGCAGUCGGCGUAUAAAGAGCUGGUCGCCCAGAUGACAUGCGUGUUCAAUAAGAAGCUGUGGUACGUCAUGCUGGAACAGUUCUGUAUGAAGUACGUGUGGUCCGGGACCGGCAUGGUCAUGCUAGCGCUGCCCAUCCUCACCGGGACCAGGAUAGAUGGCAACACGGGCGAGGGCAUCAGCGCUAGGACGGAGUACAUGACCACGUCAAGGAACCUUCUGAAUUCGGCAGCGGACGCUAUCGAGAGGCUCAUGUCCAGUUACAAGGAGAUCGUGACUCUUGCGGGCUACUCUCGCCGCGUGUCCGACAUGCUGGUCGUGUUCGGUGAGGUCGCGCGAGGUCGUUGUGUGAGAGCCGUUCACGUCGCUGCUCCGAACACCAACGGCUUCCAGGUCACCUUCAAGGACGGCCAGCCGGUACCGCAGGGUAAAAUUUCCUAUACGACGGAUCUCUCUAUACUUUUACGGAAUGUGCCGAUAGUGACCCCGUCAUGUGACGUGGUCGCUAGCGGGGUGACCCUGGAACUUCGCCCCGGGACACAUCUACUUAUUGUAGGACCCAACGGAUGCGGGAAGUCCAGUCUGUUCCGUAUCAUCUCUGGUCUGUGGCCAGUGUUUGGAGGCGAGUUGAGCGUUCCUCGUCCCUGUGAGUGUGCUCACUGUGCCGAGCAUGACGCCCCGGGGACUCCCCCUGAGAGGUGUCUCGCUAGACCUGUCAUGUUCUACAUACCGCAGAGGCCCUACAUGUCCGAGGGUUCCCUCAUCGACCAGAUCACGUACCCGUCCCGCGCGGCCCCGGGGGACCUGUCUGCGGAGGCCCGCGCCGCUCACAUCCUGCGCGUGGUGCGCUUGGACGCGUGUGCGGCGCGGCACGGAGGCCUGCGGGCCGUGCGCGACUGGAAGAGCACCCUCUCAGGGGGAGAGAAACAGAGAGUCGCCUGCGCCAGAAUGUUUUACCACAGGCCGGUGUACGCGUUGCUGGACGAGUGCACGAGCGCCGUUUCCAUGGAGACGGAAGUGGUGAUGUACGAGGAGGCGGUCAAGGAGGGAAUCACGCUGCUGUCCAUAACACACCGACCGAGUGUCUGGAAAUAUCACACCCACGUGCUGGAAUUCGACGGAACCGGAAAUUGGUCGUUCAGACCCUUGGAGAAGGAUGCGGCCGCUAUAACACCAGGGCUGCCGAGACUCAGCGAAGUUAAGGAGGACGAGGCGAAGGAAGCGACUAUUAACUGAUAGGAGAGCCGGUCCAUCCGGGAUAUAUACAGCGUGUAGCGCGCGGUUGUACAUAUGUGAUAAGGACAUAUACAGGACGUUCACUACAAUAGUGAGCUGAUGAUUGUGAUGAUAAUAUAGUUUUGUAUUGAAAGUUAUUUAGUUUAUUGUAAGUGAGACAGGCGACGCCGUGUUGACAAUCCGAUCCAAAUAUAACAGUCUCGUUGUUCACUUUGUAAUUAUAGCAUCCUCCUACCAAAAUGGCCUGAUACAUUGUCAUUUCGUAAAUUCUAUUUAAAAUUUCUUUUAUAUUUAACAGUUUGUAUAUUUUUUGGAAUCUUUUUUCUUGUAGUUACAACAAAAUGGCUGUCAGAAAUUUUAAUACAUAUCUUUGUGUGUUAAUCACGUGUUGUGUUUUGUUUGAUUGAAUUGAGACUUAAAGUGUAAAGUGACGCUAGGGGUGUGAUAAAAUAAAGGGGUUAUAUAAA